CAGAAAUAACAAUUUAAAAUCGAAAGCGUUAGCGUUUUCCAUAGCAUUUCCGUCAGGCGAAUGGCACAUUUGAACUACUGGCAUAUCACAACAAUUAUAAGCAUUUAUUCUUAUAACUAUAACUUGUUUUUAGUUUGCUACAGCUCGGUUAUCGCAGGUGUACAGGUUGACAUGGAGAUCAGAAAAACAUAUUUUCGAUCUAUUUAUGUAACGAUGAGUCAACGUAAUUUACCUACAAUUGAAGAUUAUUGAUCGUUAUUAAUAUUCAGACAGCUGCGGUAACCUAAACAAAUGAAUUCGAUUUUCCAUGUACGGUUUUGAUACUACGUUUAAUUAACUAAAGCUACUUUACUUAACCUUAACUGUGUCUCUAGUCUUGAGUAUAAACAUUGACUUCAUUGACAUUAAUCCUCGAAGUGGUAAUUUACUUUUACUUUCAAACUUUUUGACAUCGUGGAUAAAUAGAAGUAGGUAAAUUAACCAAAACCUCUAGUUGGGUUUGCUAAUAUUGUUCUAUGUCAUAUUGAAAAACAUUUACUGGUGAUGGAUACUGGUGGUAGAUUGUGUGAAUUCCUACGACAUUAAUUCCUUAAUUUAUGUAUUAAAUAAAUCUGUGUUUUUUAUCAUCAAAGUGUUUGUUAUUACAGUAAACAAAUUCUUAUUUCAAAUCUUUAUUUCACUUCCUCAGAUUUAAAAAUAUUUAUAGUUCUCUAAUAUUUUAUGGUUUAAACCUAUUAUACUUCUUAUCAUGGUUUUUGAUGUUUUAUAUUAGUGGAUUGACAUUUCAUCACUGUUAUCAUUUUAAUUACUGCUUUCUUCAUUUGAACAUUAAUUACUGUAACGAGCUAAUUUGAUGAGUUGUCGAAUAAAUAUGUACCUAGUAAUAAUGCUUAAUUAGUGGAUUCAGGUUUAUUCUCUUUAUUAAUAGAACCAUCGCAUAGUUUAAUGUUUUUUGUAAUAUUCAUUCAACGUUAUCUGCUAGGCUCAUUAUAAGAUCAGAUUUCAUAAAAGAUAAGAAUACGUUUUUGAUUAACGUUUAUAUCUACUUUGAGUUCUAGUAGUUUGGCAACUUUGUCCCAAGUUGUUACAUUAUUUAGUUUUGUCACGUAAGUAUCCAUCACAAUUUAUUCUUUGCUUUGCAGAUCUAAGCAAAUAGUUCGUUAUUAGAGUUACAACUGUGGGAAAGACAUCCCUUUUUAUUUUUAUCAAGAAAUUUCCUAGGUACAAGUUUUUACAGUUUUCAUAUUCAUAUGAUUUCUCAGAUGUUUUUUUUUCUUAACUGGAAACCGGAUGGUGCAAGGUCAAGGAUAUUUGAAAUUUUAAUGCAUUAGUAGUACUUCUCAGUAAAGUUUUAUUCAUUUUAACAACUGUUAAUGACAUUAUCAUUUUAUUCCCAAUUUCUUGCUUUCAUCUCGCUUUACAGCCAUUUGAUGCAAAACUCAAAUACGCUUUUUCUGGUGGUUCAUUGUGAUUGAAUGAUGAUCAGUUUAAGUCAUACACUAUCUUUGGAUCCUCGCCGUACUUUGACCAAGUAUAAAUAUCUUGAUAACACGUUUCUUAAUCAUAUGUCUUAUCUUACAUCUCAACACUAGCAAUAAAUCGCUUUAGUAAUGCCUCUAUUAAAUUAUUUUAUUCGUGUUUACAAAUGAAUGUUUAUUCAACUUCCUCCGCCUUAUUCACAAUGGCGGAAUAAAGAUAGUCUUGGUUUAAACCUAAUGUCGUCUCUGUCUACUUUUUAGCAAUCAAAAGUGACAGCAUCAGUUUUAGUCCAGGUUUAACUUUAGUCUACGUUUUGUAAUAAGGCGCCCCAUGUUUAGUUGUAAAUUAAUUAAAACUAAAAUUUAUUGUUUAAGAAAAAAAAUCAUCUUUAUCUUUUCUUGUCACUCUUGUUUUUUGUGAAAUAAGACAACGGAUAAUUCCAAAUGUUUACAAUUAAAUAACAACAUUGUUUGAUAAUAAGUAUAUUAUCAAACAUAGCUGUUGCGAAGUCAUUUUGGUUAUUAGCAUCUCUAAAGACUUAAACUCUUUUAACGUGGUUUGUUUCUAGAACAUUUUAGUCUCGCUAUUGGUCACUGAAUAUAAUCUUUUAUCAGCGUGGUUAAUUAUGAAAGGGAACAAUCCAAUUGAAUUGCGCUUGCAGCUUUGCCAAUCUGUCGUCGCUAAACAGUUUUUACCGGUCGUCCUUGUUUACUGUCACCGCUGGCUAACGUUUAGUACUAUUUUUCUGUGGAGUUUAUUUCUUUUACGUUUAUCAUUUUUCAAUUUUAAUAGAAUCAUUUGCUUAUAUUGAGUCAAACUAAAAUUGAGUCAACAUCACAUGUCAACCAAAGCCAAGUUAUUAAAAUACGUACCUGAACUUAUGUGAGUAUAACAAUACAUCAAAUCUUUGAUUGUUCUAUAAUCGUACUAAGUAUGGAUGUAACCGUAUAAAUGGAAACUUAGUUAAAUAAUUCCUAAAUUUUUUUUUUGGUUACAUAAAAGAUAACAUCAUUGUUGAUAACGUAAUUUAAUCGAAUUCCUCUACUAUAGAUAAGAUUUUUAACUUCUCAUUUCAUUUCUUAUGUUCAUGCCUCCUAAUGAACCAACUUCAAAUCAUAUCACGAUGCCUUCAGAUUGGAAAUUUUUAAGAUUAUUAUCGAUUAUUUACAAGCAACAACCACAAAUCAACUUCCGGGUUCAAAACAGUUACAAAACAAACAGAGUACAGUAAAAAAAGCUUUCAUAAAUGUUCAUUAUAAUAUGUAGUCCACAGUAGAAUAAACAAGCUGAAUGCAUUUUAUUGAAGGACUUGUUUAUUCUUUUAUGCAGACAAAUAUAUCAAUAUUGUCUUUAUCACGCUAUUGAACUCGAAAUAAAGAAACCGCACCGUAAUCAAUAGAUUAGAUAUUUGUAUUACACAGUAGAGAUUUGUUCAUAACAAUAUUUUAUUUCGUUUUCAGAGUCCCGGGCGCGGUACAAGAUGGCGAACGGUGGCACGACGGGUGCACUGCUUUACGCCGUGAGUGCGGCCGUAUUAGGCAUGCUCCAAUUCGGCUACAACACGGGCGUCAUCAAUGCCCCGCGCACCUUCAUAGAAAACUUCAUCAGGGAGCAGCAGUACACCGCCUCUCCGGGCCUCAUAUUCGCAAUCAUAGUAAGCGUCUUCGCAGUCGGCGGUAUGAUUGGCUGUCCACUCGCUAGCUGGUUGGCAGAAAAACGCGGACGCAAACAAGCCCUCAUGAUGAACGCGCUCAUCGGUUUAGUAGGUGCUAUCUUCAUGGGCGUCAGCAAAUCGGCCGGCUCCGUUGAAAUGCUCAUCAUUGGCAGAUUCAUCAUCGGAAUCAACUGUGGGUUCGCUACAACCGCUUCACCAACUUACGUGUCAGAAGUGGCCCCACUACGUUUGAGAGGAGCAUUCGGAACAGUGAACCAAUUGGCUGUUGCUUUUGGCAUGGUGAGUGCCCAGAUUUUGGGCAUCGAUGUUAUCUUAGGAAGCGAUGAGGGAUGGCCGUGGUUGCUCGGUAUAGCGAUCAUUCCGUCAGCUAUUCAAUGUCUCAUGUUGCCGUUUGCGCCAGAAUCACCCCGGUUCUUGUUACUCGCUGUGCACGACGAACAAAAAGCUAGAAUAGCUCUGACCAAAAUACGAGGAACUACAGAAAUCAAUGAUGAAAUCAACGAUAUGCACGUGGAAGACCAUGCGGCGAAGCAAGAGCAGAAAUUCACUAUUUUGGAUCUUUUCAGAAUAAGCUCACUGAGGAAACCACUGGUCAUAGGUGUUGUUAUGCAUCUCUCUCAGCAGUUUGGCGGAAUAAAUGCUGUUCUGUACUACUCCGGCACUAUUUUUGUCAGUGCGGGGUUGAAAGAAUACGAUGCACGGUUGGCGACUAUUGGUGUGGGAAGUGUCUUGUUUGUAAUGGCAAUUGUGUCAAUUCCAUUGAUUGACCGAUUGGGUAGACGCACGCUGCAACUGUGGGGCCUCGCCGGUAUGACAGUAUUCUCGGUUCUAAUGACAGUGGCCUUCUUCACGUAUGAGAACAAUACUACUAUGAGUGUGUUCGCUGUAAUCUUUACUUUCUUGUACGUCGCUUUCUUCGGGGUAGGCCCGAGCUCUAUUCCGUGGAUGAUACUAUCGGAGUUGUUCGGUCAGGGCGCUAGGAGCGCUGCUGUCAGCGUCGGAGCGCUUGUCAACUGGUUCGCAAACUUUGUAGUCGGCUUGACGUUUAUUCCUAUGUCCGAUGCUUUGGGCAAUUAUGUAUUCUUGCCGUAUACCGUGCUACUUAUACUCUUCUUCGUUUUCACAUACUUCAAACUGCCCGAAACAAAGAAUAAAACAAUAGAAGAAGUCACAGCACUCUUCAAAUAG